AUGGUUGAAGCUAAGAAGAACAGAGUGUUCAAGACCUUCUCCUUCAAGGGUGUUGACCUUAAGGACCUCGUCGAAUUGAAGAACGAGGAAUUUGCCCAACUCUGCGGCGCCAGAGUGAGAAGAAGAUUCUCGAGAGGCCUCGGUGCCAAGCCCAUGGGUUUGAUCAAGAAGUUGAGAGCCGCCAAGUUGGCUUGCCCCGAAAACGAAAAGCCCGCCAUCGUCAAGACCCACUUGAGAAACAUGAUCAUUGUCCCCGAAAUGAUCGGCUCCGUCGUCGGUGUCUACAACGGUAAGGUUUUCAACACCGUUGAAAUCAAGCCCGAAAUGGUCGGCCACUACUUGGGUGAAUUCUCCAUCACCUACACUCCCGUCAGACACGGUAGAGCCGGUAACGCCUCGUCGAGAUUCAUGCCCUUGCGUUAA